AUGACGGACGACACGACAAGCGUGCGCCAGCGCAAGCCGGUGCAGGAAGUCGAGGAUGAGGACAACCUAUUCGCAGGCACCCCAGCGGAGAACUCGCGGGGGAAGAAGAGCAAGAAGUCCAAUAAGGCCAAAGGCGAGACGGAGGAGUACAGCCCCUACCUGGACAUCCUUCGCGUGCUGAGCUUCCUCUUCCUCGCCUCGUGCGCCCUGAGCUACCUGCAGAGCAGUGGCGAGAGUUUCUUCUGGGGUCACAAGAACAAGCCCUGGUACAUGAGGCCCAGCUACUGGAAAGCUAAAUGGAACGGACCCCUCUACCUCACCCCCGAGGAGCUCCUCCAGUACGACGGCUCCGACCCCGAGAAGCCCAUCUACCUCGCCAUCAACCACACAAUCUUUGACGUCUCGGCGAACCCGCGCAUCUACGGCCCGGGCGGCUCCUACAAUGUCUUCGCAGGCCGCGACGCCUCGCGCGGCUUCGUCACGGGCUGCUUCAUGGAGGACCGCACCCCGGACAUGCGCGGCGUCGAGGAGAUGUUCCUGCCUCUCGACGACCCCGAGAUCGACCGCCACUGGUCCUACGACGACAUGCAGAAGCUGCGCGAGGAGGAGCUCGCCGCCGCCCACGCCCGGGUCCACGAGGCGCUGAAGCACUGGGUCGACUUCUUCACCAACAGCGACAAGUACGGCGUGGUCGGCAAGGUGAAGCGGGAUCCCGAUUGGCUCGCCAAGGAGAAGGAGAAGAAGCUCUGCGCCCAGGCGCAAAAGGCGAGGGUCAAGAGGAAGGUGCCCGGACAGGAGGACCAGAACUAA